CCGUGACGAAUCUGGUGACCCUGUUUCGGACACAGCGGGUUGCAUGCGUACAGGAACCAGUUUCUGUGCAAACCGGAUGAGACAUCCCCUGAUAGAUUGACUAAAUGUCAAAGAGUUGUUGAGGUCGAUUAUGAAUAUCUUAUAAGCGCCUUAACUCCGCCUACCUGUUGACUCAGGAACCUAAGACAAGUCUAACAACAGCCUGUUUGUCUCAGCCUGAGUUCGCAGGAGCACAAGAGGAGCCAUGGAGCGCAUUAAGCUGUUCCUCCAGGGAAUGGAGCUCGACAACCGGACUGCCGCACUGUGGACGGGCGCUGCCUGCGCUGUGGGCACCUUUGUGAUGCUGGUGCGGAAGAUCAGCAUCCAUCAAAAGACGAAGAAAAAGAUUCAAAGAGCCAGAAACCGGAGGACUGAGAGCCUGCAGCGGGCUGAGCAGGCUGUGCUGCAGUACAAGGAAACGCAUCCAAUGACCAACUCUGCUCUCAUUCUGACGCUGUCUCUGUCCGAGUUGACGAAGCAACUGCAGGAAGGUUUGCUGAGCCCUGAGGAUGUGUACUACUCUUACAUGGAAAAGACUCUGGAUGUAAACAAAAAGCUCAACUGCUGCACUGGGAUCUUAUUAGAGAGUUUUGACCAGCUAAAAACUGUUGCUUCCAACAAGAAAGGUCUCCUGUAUGGUGUUCCAGUUAGCAUCAAAGAAAACAUCGCAUACAAGAAUCAUGACUCUUCUUGCGGUGUGGUUGUGUAUUUGGACCAACCUGCCCAGACAGAUAGUGUGAUUGUUGAAGUUCUGAAGAGACAAGGAGCUAUUCCCUUUGUGAAAACUAACUUGCCCCAAGGCCUGUUAAAUUAUGACUGUGGUAACCAUAUUUAUGGGCAGACCGUGAACCCCCACAACCUGCAGAAGACCCCCGGAGGUUCGUCUGGUGGGGAGGGGGCUCUCAUUGGGGGAGGAGGCUCCCUGCUCGGUAUAGGCAGUGAUAUAGGGGGAAGUAUCCGUAUUCCUGCGUCAUUCUGUGGUAUCUCUGGCUUUAAGCCAACAGCAGGUCGGCUAAGUUCACAGGGUAUCAGUCCUAUUUAUCGAGGGCAAAAAUCAGUGUUGUCAACUUCUGGACCCAUGGCGAAGGAUGUGGACAGUCUGGUGCUUUGCAUGCAGGCUCUGCUCUGUGACCACAUGUUCUCCUUGGACCCCACAGUUCCACCCAUACCUUUCAAUACACAGAUAUACCAGAGCUCCAAACCACUGAGGAUUGGUUACCUAGAAAAUGAUGGCUACACAUAUCCAUCUCCAAGCAUGGUCCGAGGCAUCAGAGAGGUCAAAGCUCUCUUGGAGCAAGCAGGGCACACUCUGGUGCCCUACACUCCUCUGAAGCUGGAUCACAUUCUCCCUGAACUGAUAGUAAAGGCUAUCUUAGCAGACGGCGGUACUACCCUGCUUAAAAAACUGGAGGGCGGGCCCUUGCAUCCAUGUCUCGGUGUACAGGUUUUACCUUACUAUUUUCCCAAGUGGUUGAAGAAAACCAUCUCAUUCAUCCUCAAGCCUCUGUCUCCACGUAUUUCUGCCGUCUUCAAUGCUAUCUGUGGUGUUGGAUCUGUUGCAGAUCUGUGGAAGCAGCAUGCUGAUGUUGAGGACUACAUCCAGGAAACGGUAGCAGAAUGGAGAAGGUGCAACAUUGACGUGCUGCUGUGCCCUGUUAUCGGACCAGCCUUCAACUUCUUAUACUGCGGCAAGCUCACCUCUGCCGUGUCUUACACAAUGCUUUACAAUCUCCUCAAUUUUCCUGCUGGGGUUGUUCCUGUUUCCACGGUAACGGCAGAAGAUGAGGAGGAACUCAAGCACUCUAAGGGCAUUUAUCAGGACCAAUGGGAGAAGUUCUUCAAACAGGCUGUGACCGGAGGCGAGGGUCUGCCUGUGGCAGUGCAGUGUGUCGCCCUGCCAUGGCAGGAUGAGCUGUGCCUGCGCUUCAUGAAGGAGGUGGAAGAGCUGGUCAAACAGAGCAGAAAGUAAGAGCUUGAGGCCACAGGCUAACUUCAGAGGCUUCAGAUUAAAAUGAUUUUGUGGUCUGAUAUCAUUAAUGAUGCUGCUCUUUUGGGUAGUAAUAAUUGCACAGAACAUAACCACUAAAUUAAAUAGAAGUGGUUAACAGAAUUAGUAAAGGUAGUUGAACCUGAAGAUUUUAGCACUUUUGAAACAGUUUUGUUCUAACUCUUUAAAAACUUUUCUGCCUUCAUCAAACUUAUUUUUUUUAAAUCAAGAGUUUAACUGACAUUGACAGGCAUGUUAUGAUCUUUAGUUUUAGUUUUUUUAAAUUACUUUUCAUAAUUCAGCACACUGUAGUAGAUGUGCAUCUUUGCUCUGUUUUAAAAAUAUUACAAUAAUUAAUAGCAUGGUAAGGAAUCACGUUUGAGAAGAAAAUGAAUUAACAUGACCAUCACCAAUGAAGAAAAUGUUGAAAAUUAGAAUUUAUCAUGAGUACGGAAAAUUACUUAUUCAUGUUUGUCUGGUAACAAGAACAGCUUUCUGUUAUAUGAUUUAAGAAUGAAAUAAAAAUAAUUGAUU